AUGAGUGCUAAAGAUCAAAUUGCUGCAAUGUUGAAUGAAUUGAUGGGUCCCGGCCGAAAUCAAGACAAAAAUCUUGACCUCAAUUUCAGGGAUGCCGAUGUUUGCAAAUUCUUUUUAGCUGGAUUUUGCCCACACGAAGAAUUUACAAAUACAAAAGCUGAUUUGGGAUCAUGCAAAUAUGUCCAUGAUGAUAAUCUUCGAAUUGCUUAUCGAAAGAGUGAAUUUUACGAGAAGUUAGGUUAUGAAAAACAAUUUUACAAUUUUUUGGUUCGAAUUAAAGAUGAUAUGCAAAGAAAAAUUGAAAAGAAUAAAGAACGUUUGGCAUUAACACAAGGGCCACAGAAUAUGGAUGAAUCAACAAAAAAACAUUUAAAUGAAAAAAUUGGACGUUUAGAAAAAGAAAUGUCUGAUUAUGUGGAAAUUGCAGAAAAAGCUGGAUUAAAAGGAGAUUUGGAUAGAUCACAAAGAUAUGUAAAAAGAGCAGAAGAAGUUAAUUUAGAAUUGGAGGCUGUGAGGAAGCUUUUCUUACCACCUGAAUAUACGGCUGGCUAUAAAGAUCCUAAUGAAUUGAUGAUCAUAUGCAAGGAAAACAACAUUUGGGAUUUGCAAGAGUUGCUGAGACAAUUGAGGAACUUAAGGUUCUUUUCUAUUUUUUGA